GUUCGCUGGCUAUGAAGGACUCGCUCACAAAUUUAUUUGAAAGCUGCACAAAUUGUUAGCUAGGAAGUGGAAGGGGCAAGCAGAAUAUAAAAUGGAAAAAUGAAUAUGAUGUGGAAGGCUGCUAUAACCUGGACAAGCUGUGUUUUAAGCCAGCUGAUAUCCUUCUCUCAGGAAAGGCUAUUUGCGGUGGAUAUGCUCGACUCUUUCAAGCAAUGUGCAGUGUUGCAGGGAUACAGUGCGAGUAUGUGAGAGGCAGCUGCAGCGUAACGGGGAAGAGCAACCAUGCCUGGAAUGCUGUCUGCAUUGAUGGAAGGUGGCAUCUCUUAGACUGCACCUGGGGAAGUGGCACUGUGGAUGCUGCUUUUAGCGAGUUCACUUUCAGUUACGAUGAGUUUUAUUUCCUCACCCACCCCGCUCUGUUUAUUGAGAAGCACUUCCCUGAAGACCCCAAGUGGCAGCUUCUGAAACCGACGGUGACACUGGAGGAAUUUGAAGACCAGCAGGAUCCUGACUUAAAUGCAGAAGGACUGACCGUUGCUGUCAUAAGACUACCAGCCACUGAAAAUGGGUACUAUGUGGUUUACUUCCUCAACCAUCCUGUUCUGAUUAUUAGAACUUCCCAGAGGAUCCCAAAUGGCAACUUCUGAAGCAGACAUCUGCACCUCCAGCAGCUUGAAUGUAAUCCAAAUUGAAUGUUAUUUGAUAUCGUUCAAGGAUAGUCACUUGUCUCUGGCAUCACUGCUAAACUGACCACAGUUUUGGUGCAUAGGGUUUUUAGCUUGACACAAAGUUCUAAAAAGUGAAAAUAUAUGUAUAAUACAUAUGACAUGAUACUUGUUUCAAUGAGCUCUGAAGCAUAUGCUAAAAUCGAUUGCAGUAUCUAUUUACAAAUUUACAGUAUAACAAAGAAAUUGGGGAGGUGUUCCAGGAUUUCUUUAUAAAGGCCAUAUCAAAAAAUGAGUAAAGUGGGAAACCCUAGAUUGAUUUUGAAAAGCAGAGAAUGAAAGGGCACAAUUAAUGUUUAGGCAUAAACUUGUUCGUAUAAAAAUGUGUUAAAAUGCCCCCCCCCCAAUCAUUCAAUUUCCAGACUUUCAGAACUUAUAUCCUUUACAGCACAGCAACACAAAUCAUUAGCUUUUUAUCCACCAUAUUCUUGAGACACCCUAAUGUGGUCCUAUCCAUUCACUUAAAGUAGUAGCAGAUUUUUUUUAUAGCAAACAGUAAAUAAAAAGAGUACAAUCCAUAAAUUGGUGCAAACUUUUGGGGCUUGCCUUUGAUUUCCAAGUGUGUUUGUAAAUGCAAUAAAGUUUCACUGUUCUCCGGCAAAUGUGU